UGCAUCACCUGAUCAUCGUGGUAAAAAAUGGCGGUAGAUUUUACCGAAAAUAAAGUGGGGAUCAUCAGCCUUGGGAUUGCCGCUCUGCAAGCCUUGAUUUCAUGGUUUUUGGGCUUCUGGGCAGGCAAAAAGCUUCAAUCCAAUGACAAAUGGAUUCUAGUUUGGCUAUUUUACGACUUGCUCACGCAUUUUACACUGGAAGGUCCAUUUGUCUACGUCUCCCUAACAGGAACAGUGGAGGACUCUAAAAACCCUGUGGCUAUGAUUUGGCGUGAGUAUGGCAAAGCAGACUCACGCUGGCUUCAUUCAGAUCCCAAUAUACUUUCUGUUGAGAUCAUAACAGUCAUACUUGGCUUCCUCAACAUUGCUCUUGUUUAUGCAAUUUGCCAAGACAAGUACUACCGACACUUUUUGCAGAUCAUACUUUGUAUCACUGAACUGUAUGGAGGAUGGAUGACAUUUUGUCCAGAAUGGUUGACUGGUUCCAAGCACCUGAACACCAGUGACCCUGUACAUCACUUUAUCUACCUGUGGUUCUUCAAUGGUUUGUGGGUUUUGAUCCCAAGUCUGCUGCUACUCCACUCCUUCAUGGACAUGAAAGAAAACCAUUCAGAUCGACACUCAAACAAGAAGUACCAAUAAAGGAAUUAUUUGGUGCUGGUUGUAGUAACCUGCCUGUAGGACACAUCCAAGAUGGUAGCGACAACAAUUUUGACCCACAUGUAGAAAUAUAGUAUAAAAGGUGCAUCCAGGGUGAAUCUACUAGAGGGGAGAGUGGGGAGGCAGCCUUGACCCCUCUAUAGAGGGAUUUWUUUCCAAAGAAGCUGAUCACCCAAUUCCAGGUUUUAUCAUUAUAUGCAUUUCCCUCUUCCUCUAUGAUUUUCUUGGAUUCACCCAGCACAUGUAACCAUCUUCAUAAACCCUGAUGUUAAUAAUUUAGGUGUUUUCCUGAUUUUCGGAGAGAACCAAUAAGAACUAUAUACGUAAUGACCAGGUGAUUUUUUGAAASAGUUAGUUAAACUACCACAGCAUGUUCAAAACACUGUGUAUCGGAAAUAAUGUAUGUUACCCAAUGUAGCAAAAUCUGAGGUCCAACCUUCUAUUUGUAUUACAUGUAUAGCCACCCUGUGAGAAUUUUCCCCCCUUUCCAUCCAAASGGCUGAACAACAGCCUGGCCAUUUUGGAGGGCAGAAAAAGACCUUCUCAGGCAGUGUAAUUUUGGACAUUCUACAAGUACUGUAAGUGUAUGUGAAGAUGCCCACUAAAUACCCCCACUAAAUUUCCUCAUGAAAAACCCAUUAUAAUUUAAGCAUAUUUAGAUGUAUAACAUUGUCUCCCCUUACCAAUGUCUGCCAUCCUAUUAAGUUUCUUGUUUGUACACUACAACAAUUUGCAUUAAAUAGUCUUUUUGACUGCRUUUGAAUGAA